UUGCCCUCUAUACUGACUGCAUUGCACGUCCUCAUCCGUAAUCAAGCCGACCGUGUUUUGUACGUGUUAGCUUUUGUGUCGAGGCUGAUCUGUUGACUACACACGACAUGGCCGCAUCAGAGGCCAAGUCAAAAACUGAUCUGAAGGUGAUAGUUCUAGGGGCAGCCAGUGUGGGGAAGACGUGUCUCCUACAGCGCUACCUCACCGGGGAGUUUGCCGAUACCAUUUCUAGUAUUGGAGCCUCACUAGCUCUGAAGAGAUGGGGAGAUUGGAACGUAGCUCUUUGGGACACGGCUGGGGAGGAGCGCUAUGCCUCUCUCUCCUCGUUCUACUGCCGCGGAGCAGCGGUGGCCAUACUGGUGGUUGACCUGACAGAGGCGGCCUCUGUCACCAGACUGAGGGAGGUGUUCAUCCCUCUCCUGCACGACUCGGUGGAUAGCUGUCUCACUGUCGUGGUGGGCACCAAGCUGGACCUCGCCUCUGGGACAGAUAGAGAGGUGAAGACCAGUGUUGGAAGGGCAUUGGCCGAAGACGAGCACAGAAAACAGGUGGAGAGGGCCCUCAUGAGGGACGCCAACUCCUACCUCCAAUCAGUGCCCACCGAGAAGUUGUACUACGAGACAAGUGCCAAGACGGGGGAGGGCGUGGCCGAGGUGUUUGAGUUCAUUCAGGGCACAUUGCUGGAGGAGAUGGAGCGGCGGAGGAGUGGUGGUGGGGGGAGGGGUAAGGGGGCAGGAGGGAUGGACAGAGCAAUUAGAGUGGGGGAGGGAGGGCCAACUAAGAACAAGUCUUGCUGUGACAAAUAGCAUUACAUGUGCACUCACUAUACACUUUGAUAGACUUACUUUUAUGCUUGCGAUUUUCACCUUUGCAAAAUGGUUCACAAAUGAUUGCGAGUUUGACGUGAUUCUAAAUACAAGUGAAAAGCCCAAAAAAUUUG